AUGGAGUCGGACCACGAGGCGCUAGAGGUCGACCUCGAAUCGGGAAGGAGAAAGGAAAGGCAACGGAGGGAGGAAACAGUGAAGGUCUCAUGGUCAGAGAGGGCAAUCGAAGAAUAUAGAAGAUGGAUAGUUAGAGGGGGGGCCGCGAGGACGUGGGGGGAGAUCAAAGUGAAGGUAGGGAACGCGCUACAAUUCAAGAAAGGGAAACCAGGAAGAAGAGAGGAGGGAAAGUGGUGGGAUGAGGAGUGCAGGAGAAAGAAAGCAGAAAUGAGAAAGGCAAAAAAAGAGGUAGGAAAAGGGAGGAACAGCAUGGAGAAAUAUAGGCAGGUCAAAAGAGAGCUAAGAAACCUAUGCAGGAGAAAAAAAGAGGAGGGCCUAAAGUCAGAGAUAAAAGAGGCAAAGGAAGAUAGAACGGGCAAGAAAUUCUGGGACAUGGUCAAAAAGAGAAGGAAGAGAAGAAGGGAGGAAAUAGACAAGAGCAUAAGAGAUGAAAAAUGGUUAGAGCACUUUAAAGGGCAACUGGGGGAGAAAGUAGGACGGCAGGACGAAGAAAGGGGAGCGAUACUAGAAACGGGCAGUGAGAACGAGGGCGGAGAGGGAGAGAUAGAAGUGGACGAGGUGAGAAAGAUCAUAAGAAAAAUGAAGGAGAGAAAGGCACUUGGAGACGACGAAAUUCAAAACGAGGCAUGGAAACACGGAGAAGAUCUAAUGCUGGAAGAGUUAACGGAGAUUAUGGGGAAGAUAUAG